CUGGCUUUGUGCGCCGGACUCCUCCCGUCGUGUGAUGAAGUUCAGCUGCGCGCCGUAGUUUCCGUACGCGCGUCACCAGCUUUGCACAGAGGAGCUUCCCGACGCGAAUGGGGAGGAUGGAGAGAUGUGUGGCUCGGGACCAUGGGAGCCUCUGAAUGUCACAUCACACGAAGCUCAUUGACGCCCUGACACUUUUCUGAGAUAUGUGUCAAUGCAUCAUAUGAGCGGUGACCCAGCUGAUCUGGAUCCAGACUAAACCAGCACCGCCUCAGCUGAGAGGCUUCCUGGGCUGCGUGGACCGUAAAAAAAAAAAUUUUGGCUAGGUGUCUUUUGUGGUAAUGUUGUAGUUUUUUUUGCUUUUUUUUUUUUAUUAUUUUUUUGGGGGGAAUCCAGGAAAUGUUGGCAUGGCCAGCUCGCGAGCACAGAAGUGUCCGAAGAGCGAGAAGUUGGACGAGGCGCAGGCUUUGGCCAGGAGCUGCGCCGGGAGACCAGACUUCCUGCCUUGCGACGGGCUCUCCAUCUGCGCGACCCACAGCCACGGGAAGUGCUUCAAGCUGCACUGGUGCUGCCACUUGGGCUGGUGUCACUGCAAGUAUGUGUACCAGCCCAUGACCAAUGUGUGCCAUCUGCCCAGUACAACCGUACCAGCUGUUGGGACUGAGUACAGUAACACCAUGGACCUGUCCGUCUCUCUGGCUGAGCGCUUCCUGAAGCUCGCCCCAUGCUUCCAGUCUCCGCCUCACCUGGAGUCGCCCAAGUACUGCGUCAUUGCAGAUCUGUUCGUGGACGACUACAUUGUCAAACGCAUCAACGGAAAGAUGUGCUAUGUGCCGCCCCCGCCUCCCUUACCAGAACCUCCUCACCCUCCCCCCACCCCUCCCCCACCUGCUCCCGCUACACCUCAGAUGCCCAAAAACCCCACUCAGCCUCGGCAACCGAUGAAGCCUGCACCGCCAACCCAACACGCACCUGCGCCUUUGCAGCCGGUCCAGCAGGUCCAGCAGGUGUACAGUGAACACAAACAUCCUACCCCCGUGGAUAAGAUAAAAGGCCCCAAAAUGGACCACUGCUCCUCUCCAUCCAGCUCCGAGGACUCCGGCAUCAACGCACUGGGUCUGCACUACCUGGAGUCCUGCGAGGAGGAGACGGAGGAGGAGGAGGAUGACGAGUUGAGCACAGAUGGGAACUCCAGCCCCGGCAGCCUCUGGGAUCAGGACGACUGCUCUCUGCUCUCCCCUUCCAAGUCCAUGAUAGAGAUCAUCGAAAAGAUCGAAACAACUGUGUAACUGACGCAAAAUCGACAUGGACACCAGCUGUGAUGGAGCGUGAGCUACAGAGCAGAAUUAAUGAGAAUAACAUUAGAGGAUUUAUUCUACAUGGACUAAAACUCUCUGUGAUGCUUCAGCAGGGCUUUGCUGGGUUGUUUGGUUGAAUUAGUUUUCCGGUAGGUGGCCGAGGACUGCGCGUCUGCGCUCGCACACAUCCUCUUAUCUUUCCACACCCCUUGCAUGGAGUGAAUUUCUAGAACUUAUUACAAUACCGAAGAAAGGCACAAGCACAAGAAUAUUAAGCACAUGCACAGUGGACCAAAUAGACCUCCUGUACUUGGUACUUAAAAAAUAUUAAAUACAAAAGGACUCAAUAGUAGGUUCCCUUCAUUUUCUCUUUAGGCAUAUAUUACUGGAGCUAAAUUUUGUUUUUAGCUCACAAAAGUGGUAUAAGUAGGCUUUUCUGAUGACAAUGAGCAGUUAGGGAAUUCUUAGUGUUCUAUAGGAGUCAAUCUGCCAGACAGACUUUAUUAAAAUUCACCAUUUAAGAGGCAGAUACGCAAGUGUGCCAUUUCUUGUUUCUAUGGUCAUUGGCUCCACCCACACGUAUUAGUAAUUCUGACACUUCAGCAUAAUAACUACAAGGCCAGCUACCUCUCAUGGGCCUUAAGCACAUCAGCCCGUUAACCACUUAGCCCUGGGCAGCUGGGACACGACUGCUUCUGUCACGUUAAUAAAAAUAUUCCCCACCCACAGUUUGUGUGCACUUUACUGACACCAACAUGAGCCGUAAGUAGGUAGGUAGGUCAGUGUUCGACAAUCAAGGAUUACACAGAAGCACAUUCCUAAACUGGUCCUGCCAGUGAGGGCCAAGGAUACUCUUAUAAAACCAUUUAUCAGACCUAAACACAUUGUUCUGACCACAUAUUCUGGUCAACCUGGUCUGAACUGCUGUGCUGUUCAAAGUUAAAUGGGGCGUUAAGCAAAACAUGACUUGAUUGACCUCUAUUAGCAACCAAGACAUUAAAUAGCAAGGACUGUCUCUGGCAGAGCUGCAGUGUCAAAAGUCACGUUGUUACAGCAGAAACUAGCAAAGAGCACCUAGGGAAGAGGGGAUAUAUCUAAUAUAUAAACAUAUAAAUUGUAUAACAAUAAAACUGAAUUAUUUGCUUUUUGGACUUGAUGUUGAAGAUCAAAGUAUGGAAUAGGACGCGGAGUAUGUUGUGAUGUUGUGAUGGACAUAAUGUUAUAAGAAAUGCAGUCAAAUAUAUUAUUUUUUAGAAAGCCCCUUAUUAGUCAGUUAGUAAAAUGAAGAUGGGCUGGGUCUUUAAAAAAAAAAAUGUUUUAAGAGUUAUUUCCUGGACAGUUAUCUGCAAAAAUCACUGAAAUCUUCACAAAUAUGUAUUGCUUCAAUGAUACGCUAGAUGUAAAAAAACAUUAUAAUAAUUUUGCAUGACUGCAUUCAUUUGCAGAAGUCCCUCACUUGGAAUAACAAUUUAACAAAUCCUAUGUCUGUUAUUCAAUUCAAAUGUUUUUUCUUAUUCAGGAAAAGCCCUUGACAUUACACUGAACACAGUCCCUCUUAAUGCAUUCAAAACAUCUGUUAUGUUCUUAUUAUUGUUAUAUUAUUUUCAUAUGAAUAAAUCGAAA